AUCACAAAAGCAGAACCUCUUCCCAGGCUCAUCUUCUCAUUCCAUCCUCUCCUGAGCUGCUCUGCCCGUCUCCAGGUUUUCAGUCCCCCUUCUCUCCGUGACAGUACCAGACCCAGCAGGACCCAGGACCGUGCGCUCGCCUCAUGACCCAGACAGUGGUGCUGAUCACAGGCUGUUCCUCAGGGAUAGGCCUCAGCCUUGCCGUGCGACUGGCCUCUGACCCCAGCAAGACCUACAAAGUCUACGCCACCAUGAGGAACCUGUCCAAGAAGGAGCGUCUGCUGGAAUGUGUGAAGGGUCUGCACAAGGACACCCUGGAUGUGCUGCAGAUGGACGUGACGGACAAACAGUCCAUCCUGUCCGCCAGGGACCGGGUCAGGGAGAAGAGGAUUGACAUACUGGUUUGUAAUGCUGGAGUGGGUCUGAUGGGGCCUGUGGAGGUGCAGUCUCUAGACACCAUGAGGCAGAUCCUGGAGGUGAACCUGCUGGGCACCAUCAGCACCAUCCAGGCCUUCCUGCCGGGGAUGAAGGCCCAGAGCCAGGGACGUAUCCUGGUCACAGGCAGCAUCGGAGGCCUGCAGGGACUGCCCUUUAAUGAGGUUUACUGCGCAAGCAAGUUUGCAGUAGAGGGUGUGUGUGAGAGUCUGGCCAUUCUCCUGCAGCACUUCAACAUCCACGUGAGCCUUAUCGAGUGUGGCCCUGUCAACACGGACUUCCUGAGCAACCUGCAGAUGGCGGAGCCUGGCGACUCUGCCCUUCAGCAGGUGGACAGCCACACGCGGAGCCUCUAUGACACCUACCUGCAGCACUGUGAGGCUGUGUUCCAGAACGCAGCGCAGGACACUGAGGACAUAGUCAAGAUCUUUAUGGAUGCCAUACAGUCAGCCAGUCCUGCCUUCAGAUACUACACCAACAAUGCCCUCCUACCCCUCACCAGCCUCAAGGUCACUGCCCCAGAUGGCUCCCAGUACAUCAGAGCAAUGAGCCAGCACAUCUUCUCAGCUGGCAGCACAGAGGAACCAUGAUGGGCAUUUAACUGGACAGAAACUUUAGAGAGACCAAGCCAGAUUGUUGGGGGAGUGGCUUCGAAGGGAGGGGGUGGGAUAUCUUGGUUCGAAUCCUUUUGAACUAAAGCCAAAAUCGCUAGUUUUCCAAAAUGUACCAAUCCUGCCUUAAAUUCACAUGUAAUCAUUUUAAUUGAGGUAUGUUAAAGGGAAUAUGUUAAAGUGUAUGAUGUACAAUGCCUACUACAAUGUAAGUCUACGAGAGUGUAGCUUUUAAAUACUUUCUAUCUUCAUGAAAACGAAAUAAAAUAUUUUUUG